AUUCUAAGUGUGCCAAGCGCUUGCGGCAAUGGAUACUACAGCAGUAACAGCACCUUCCAUCGAUGCCCGCUUUGCCUCCGAGGACUCGGAUAUGAAGCAGAAGCGAAAGCGAAAGCGGCGAGCAGUGGUUUCGUGCAAUGCUUGCCGGCGGCGCAAGUUGAAGUGUGAUAGAGAACAGCCAUGUGACCGCUGCAUUAAAGGUGGUGUUGUGGAGACUUGCGCGUAUAACUGGCAUGAGAUAUCUCACGCCGAUGACGAGGUGCAAGAAUCUGCUGAAGACGCAGAUGAACGAGAGAUUAAUCCCGAGAGUGGGCGACCAACAAAGAAGAAUGGAAUCGUUCUAGGUGGCGGGAAAUUGACGGGACUACCGUUCCCCGAGCAAAAACAUGAUGGUCGAGUGGAGGAGAAAGACGAAAAGAUACACCAACUGAAAGCACGUCUCGUGGCACUAGAAAGUCAAUUACCCCUCAACGACGGCCCAUCCGGCCUAGAUCGCUCCUACCCAGCCAACGAAUUUGAAUCCAAAUACCCAGGAGCAAGCUCGUUGGAUGACGGCUUCUUCAAGGGUCGCGGCUACAAGACGCAGUUCUACGGUUCUAGCAGCCCUCUCAGUAUCCUUACCCACUUUCCUGAAGUGAGAAUCUUAAUGAAAGAAAUAUAUCCAAAUUCCACGCUCCAGCGCCUUCAGCGCGAUUGCAGGGCCCUUGAGGCUCGGGUUAACCAGAACGCCUCUGCGUGGACUACCCCUCCCUACGCAAAAUUGCUCGAAUUGAUACCAUCACGUUCUCAAGCUGACCGUCUUUGUAAGCUCUACUUUGACACAUUUGAAACCACAUAUCGUAUUCUUCACGCACCCACCUUCUGGGCUCGAUAUGCUGCAUUUUGGGAUGACCCCGAUGGCACCCUGCCGGAGUUUCUUGUGGUACUUCUCUUACUUAUGGCAUGCGUUCUUUGCACGUCACCAGAAGAACCCAUACGCUUUACACCCAAUGGCUCAUGGUGCCGCGAACAAGCAACGACAUGGAUCCAUGCCUGCGAUGCCUGGGUCAGGGCGCAAAGCAACAAGCACCGGACCCUUGCAACCUACCAAAUCCGCAUUUUACGAGUCAUAGCGGCGUCGGUUAAUUGCCUGAAGACGAAGGAGUACUACGUGCAAGCAGAAGGCCUGCUAAUCUAUAUGAAGUCCGCAGGAAUGCAUCGAAAUCCGAGUCUCUUAGUUGGUCGAUGCACGCCGUUCGAAGCGGAGAUGCGACGGCGCAUGUGGGCCACUACUAUGGAGAUAGAACUACAAGCAUCUCUUGAUCGAGGUACAGCCUCUAUGCUAGUCGCCGUUCUUUACGACUGCCCGCCACCGGCGAAUAUCAACGAUGAGGAUUUCGGCGAGAACGACGCAGCGCUUCCGCAGUCAAAACCUCUAGACGAAUUCACAGAUACCUCUUACCUCCAUCACUCAUAUCGGACAUUACUAUCAAGAAUGAAGCUUUCCUCUACGGUCCAAGAUCAAGACUGCCGGGCAAACUUCGAUGACCUUUUGCAACGCGAACAACGAAUCAUGGAUGCCAUAGGAAAAAUCCCACAAUGGGAAGAACCGCGCGCCCUCCAGGCACGUACGCUGCUCAACGUCCAGCUCAGACAGUUCUUGACGAUGCUCUACAGCCCUUUCUUACAGCAGGGCCCAGAAGCGUACUCUCGCAGCCGAUACUCCCGCACUGUUUGCUUCGAUGCGUGUAUCGCGAUGGUCGAUGCGCAUGUGCAGCUUAUCGAGGUCGGAAACUUUGCGUUGUGUUUGAUGCGGCAAGAUCAUGUGCGUGUGAGUCUUCUGCUUUGCCAAAUGUCGUUUAGGGAUAGUUUUGGGAAGGUCGAUACUUUCUCCCGGACUCUUACAACCCUUUUCGUUGAAGCGAUGGACAAAGCCCUCCGCAUCCUCGAAGAACGAGCCAUGCGCCCCGGCCGCGGCUUUCACAUGUUCUGGUUUGUCAGCGCAGCUUUCAGUCUCGUACAAAUUCGCACCAACCCCGAGCUCGCGAGCAUCUAUAAGCUGCAGGCCACGGAUCGGGUAUCAAAGCUCUACUACAGGAUCCUUGCAAUGCAAGAAAGCCUCUCGAGGCCACCGCUGAAUGUGCCAGUUGACGCGAUCACUCCGUUUCAGCAGCAGCCUCCGGAUCCCUUGGCCGGGCCGUUGGACGGCUUUGACUUUGUGGAUGACUGGACGCUCGGGGAUAUGUGGUCAUUCAAUUUUGACCCUUUCGAAACCUGAUCACCCUUGUAGAACCCGAGUCAGGCCAACUUCGUGUCAGUGCUGAGUGCUCUGAUGGAGUAGUGAAGUUCUUCUGAACAAUGCGGCGAAGUGUCAC